AUGUCAUCUGAACAAGAGCCACGUCUUACAGAACCAUUGCAAGCAUCUUAUUUAAUACGUGAAGGACAACCAGUUAAAAUUUCAUGUCGUUUUGAUGCUUCACCUCAAAUUGACAUUGAAUGGCUCAAAGAGGGAAAUCCUAUUGAUUUCGAAGCACUUGGAAUUUCACGAGAUUUUAAGGUUGUAAAAGAAGUCGACUAUACAGCAUUAUUAAUUAAAGAAGCAUUUCCAGAAGAUACAGGCUCAUAUACAGUUGUAAUUCGUAAUGCAUUAGGUGAAGCACGUUCAUUUACGCAAUUAAGUGUUGAAGAAUUUUUCUGUCGUACACCUGAAUCAGAAAUGUCUGAAACACUAUGUAAACCAACAAUUGUUCAACCACUUCGGGACACAAACAUUAAUGAAGGAGAAAAAUUAAAAUUACAUGCUGCACUAAAUGGUCAUCCUGAACCUGAAAUUAUUUGGUAUCGUAAUAAUAUUCCAUUGAAAAAUUCUCGUGAUUUAACAUUGACAUUUGAUGGACAGCUAUGCAAAUUAAUCAAAGAUCGAUGCGAAAAAGAAAACGAUGCAGGAAUCUAUCGUAUCACCGCUGUGAAUUCAAUGGGUCAAGCUGAAUCUACUUGUCAAGUGAGUAUACAAUCAAAUGGAAUAAAUAUGUUUCGUGCACGUGCUCAAUCAAAUCGUUCAUUACCAAUGUUUAUUCAAGCAUUACAAGAUGCAACAGUUCACGAAGGUGAAAAACUUCUCUUCCAAGUACGUGCCGAUGGACAACCCAAACCACAAAUUGUUUGGUAUAAAGAUAAUCAACCAUUGAAGAAUGCAUUUGAUCGUAAAAUUCGAACUGAAAAUGAUGUUUAUAUACUUGAAAUACCUAGAUUGUCCAUGAAUGACACUGGUGUUUAUCAAGUUAAAGCAAUUAAUGCCGAAGGUGAAUCGAAAUGUUCAGCUAGAGUAAAUGUUUUACCGGUCAAUAUUGUUCCUGAACCAAUGGUUAUUGAACCAACGGGUUAUUCACCUGAAUUUCUUCAAUUCUUUAACGAUCAAAAAGCAUCGAUUGGUUCGACAAUUAAAUUUGAAGCUCGAGUUACUGGUACACAACCAUUGAAUGUCAACUGGCUACUUAACGGAUCACCGAUAAACCGUUUAGGAAAUAAUAAACGUUAUCAACAAAACAAUUUCAAAGAUACUUAUACAUUAACAAUAGGCAACGUUCGCUAUGAAGAUAUUGGAAAAUAUACUUUACAAGCAGAAAAUAACUGGGGAAAAGCAACGUGUACUGCUGAACUUUUCAUUCCUCCUACUGUUUCAGUAUUUGGUAAGAAAUUAUCAACAAAAAAAAAGUCACCAACACACUCGACUGUACCUAUAUCACGCUAA